GGGGGUGGAGCUCCCACUCGCAGAGGGAGAUCGGCUGGGAGGGGAGGGAGAGCCUGCAAGCGUGCGAAGUGGGGCGUCAGAUGCUGGAGGGGAGAUGCGGGAAGGGUUUGGAAGAGGGCCACAGAGGGAGACCCCGUCCCCACCCCCACGAGAGGCAAGACCUUUGUUUUCAAACCUCAGCCACCCCUGGAAGAACCUUGGGGGUAUUAAGAGUACUGCAGUCCGAAACAUAGAUGGUUCUAUUAAUAACAUCAAAGAGGAUGAUGAAGAAGAUGUAGUGGAUUUGGCAGCUAAUUCACUCUUAAACAAGUUAAUCCGUCAAUCCUUAGUAGAAUCCAGUCACCGUGUGGAAGUUUUACAGAAGGAUCCCAGCUCUCCACUUUACUCAGUAAAGACAUUUGAAGAGCUGCGGCUAAAGGAAGAGUUACUAAAAGGAAUCUAUGCAAUGGGAUUUAAUAGGCCAUCUAAAAUCCAAGAGAUGGCUCUCCCUAUGAUGCUGGCACAUCCACCCCAGAACCUCAUAGCACAGAGCCAGUCUGGAACAGGAAAGACAGCGGCAUUUGUGUUGGCAAUGUUAAGCAGAGUUAAUGCCUUGGAAUUGUUCCCACAGUGCCUCUGCCUAGCUCCUACUUAUGAAUUGGCUCUGCAAACUGGCCGUGUGGUUGAGCAGAUGGGAAAAUUCUGUGUGGAUGUUCAAGUGAUGUAUGCCAUUCGAGGGAAUCGAAUUCCCAGAGGCACCGACAUCACUAAACAGAUUAUAAUUGGCACUCCUGGGACUGUCCUAGAUUGGUGUUUUAAACUAAAAUUGAUUGAUUUGACUAAGAUUCGUGUGUUUGUCCUGGAUGAAGCAGAUGUGAUGAUUGACACUCAAGGAUUCUCAGAUCAUAGUGUUCGUAUUCAAAGAGCUCUACCCUCCGAAUGCCAAAUGCUCCUCUUUUCAGCAACCUUUGAGGACUCUGUGUGGCACUUUGCUGAGCGAAUCAUCCCUGACCCUAAUGUUAUCAAGUUACGCAAAGAGGAGCUCACGCUGAACAACAUCCGGCAAUAUUACGUGCUGUGUGAGCACAGGAAGGACAAAUACCAAGCUCUGUGCAACAUUUAUGGCAGCAUCACCAUUGGUCAGGCCAUCAUCUUCUGCCAGACUCGUCAAAACGCUAAGUGGUUGACCGUGGAGAUGAUACAGGAUGGCCACCAGGUGUCUUUGUUAAGCGGGGAGCUGACCGUGGAGCAGCGAGCUUCCAUCAUUCAGAGGUUUCGGGAUGGGAAAGAGAAGGUUCUCAUAACAACCAAUGUUUGCGCUCGAGGGAUUGAUGUGAAGCAGGUCACAAUUGUUGUGAACUUUGAUCUCCCUGUAAAACAAGGAGAGGAGCCAGACUAUGAGACCUACCUCCACCGCAUAGGGCGGACAGGGCGCUUUGGGAAAAAAGGCCUUGCCUUCAACAUGAUUGAAGUGGAUAAGCUGCCCUCGCUCAUGAAAAUCCAGGACCACUUUAGAAAGUCCUAAAUUCUGAAGUCCGCGACCUUUCCUCCAGCCCCCACCUAAACAAGGCAGGCUCUGAUGAUGGCCUGCUGGAACUCUGGACUGGCAGAUUUCUCUGAUGGAAACUCAAAAGGUCCCAGGGCUCAAAUUGUCUCGUGCCCCAAAGCCCGUGGAUGUGGCUGGGGAGCAGGGGAGGAGGAACACCUUCCAGGACAGUGGUACUUAACCUUGUAGAAAGCAAUAAGCGCUGUCCCCAGGGAAGUGCACAUAGGCACGCACAUGCCAUUUGGAAUGUAAUUCUCACAGGUUGGCAGACUGAGUGUAGCACAUCCACCGACCUUCCAGGGAAGUAGGUUAAGUGCCCCUGUGUUAGGCUAACUGGGGAGGACAGGGCGAGGAAGAUGCGUUAAGGCCACUGUCGCUAUGGUGAGCUCCUAAGGCCCUGGUCUCAGGAAGCGACUGCAGUAGAGGAGCCUCAGUCCCUCCCAGGCUCUCCUCACUUCCAUUCUGGCCUUCUCUGCCCCAGCGUAUCUAGAUAUAUAUACAUUCCAUGGUCUGGUGCAUUUGAUGCUGUUGGAGUUAGUAUUGGUCAGUGACUUUGGCACCCUUCCUUCCUUAUGUUCCUAUACCAAGGCUUUCUAUACAAGGUAUCACCGUCUUCAGAAAUAUGGAUGGAAUGAAGUUCCAUUUAGACCCUGACGUAAGACUAGUUCUGUUCUCUUUUGUUCUUUUAGACAGCAGUAUUAAGCAACUCAACGCUGAAGACAUGGAUGAAAUUGAAAAGAUUGACUAUUGAAGAAAGAACUUUAUUGUUUGUGCAGUAUCCUAGUUUAUGUGAGAAUGUCUCAGUGGGUUUUGAAGGUAAUUUUUUUAUGUUGAGGCUUUUUCAACGUGAAACUGUCACAGAUGGCAAAAUAAAUGUCACGGUACUUAGUUUUAAGACAUGAGGUCUUUUUGAAACCAAA